CGCGACAACUCGAGUCUCGAGGCUGCUUGUGUACCGUACAAGAAUUGCAACAUCUGUCUACGUGAACAAAGUGCUAGCUUGUCUGUCUUCGUAGUCCGCGCAAAGUGAAGCUCACUUCACUGCCUGAUGGAGACUCCUACCUCAAUUUCCAAUAGCACAAGCCCAGAGGCUGCCAACGGGGAAACUGCACCUUGCCACGAAUGCUCCUAUCGCGGCUUCCUCGCAAAUGAUGGAGCAGAAAUGGUCUUUCAAAGCUUUGGCGUGCCAGGCCCUGCUUGUGUCAUUCUCGUGCAUGGCUUCUCUGGCUCUUCUGACUACUUUACUCGUUCUUUUGACGAGCUCUCCAAAACACUCUGGGUUGUAGCGCCCGACCUUCGAGGUCAUGGACAAUCAGCCAAGACCCCCAAUGGAUACCAUGUCGCCAGACUUGCCGCAGAUCUGCGCGACCUGAUUCUCGAGCUGCGGAAGACUGUCCCAGAUUUGCGACCCAUGGGCGUCGGCUGCUCAAUAGGUGCAGCAGUCCUAUGGACCUAUGUUGAGCUUUAUACAGAGAGCGAUUUUGAUCGCUUCAUCUUCGUGGACCAAGCACCACUGCAGAAUUACGCGAUCGAUGGCUCUUGGCUGCUUGGGAACUACGGUUGCCACGAUGCUGCCUCCCUAGCUUGGAAUCAAGCAAACAUGAUCCUGAACCCUGCCUCUGCCUGGAAGGGUCUCGUUUCUUCUUGCCUGGGUUAUCGCUUCGAUGCCGAUUACGGCCGCCAGAUCAACAUAUCUCGCGAUUGUGCUCAGGCGGAUUCCCUCUUCUUCACGAGCACCUCGAACUUGUGCGAUCCAAGAUGGCUUGCCAAGCUCAUGGCAGAUCACACAGCGUAUGACCACCGAGAUACAAUUCAGCAUGGCAUCACUAAGCCAUGUCUUGUCCUCUAUGGGAAACGCAGUGGUUGUUUUCCAGCAGAGGGCAUGAUUGAGACUGCGCGUUUGCUCAAUCAGAAACGUUCUGGCUUGUGUGGUACUCUGCAAUUCGAAUCGGGUCACUGGCUGUUUUACGAAGAAGCAGCCAAGUUCAACGCUAUUGUGAGGCAGUUUCCACAUCUUUGCCCAUCGGCAUCAGAAGUGGACAAGGUGAAGCAUCUCUAUUCAGACAUGCAUCUCUGAACUUUGUGACUUCCUCCAACUCAUGAGGUCAUCUACACAAUGUUCCUAAUCAACGCGGGGUUCUACACAUCAACAGCAUGUUCAAGGCAAGUAGCACAUUUGUACGGCAUGGCCGGCGCUUUGCGAGUAAUAGCCCAGCACAAGCGCCUUCAGGUGUCUUGAUGCCUCUCUUGGCGGUCAAUAUCGGCCUCACAGGCUAUGUUGCUUUCAGCCAAUAUCAGCUCAGUCAGCAGCAGCAGAAGAUUGUUGCUGAUCUCGACUAUUUAUACGACAGGGUGGACG